CCAUGCAUAAAUAUACAUCCUUGCCUCUCCAAUUCACUAUUUACUUUCCAUAUAACACUAUCUCAAACCAUGUCUAGUUCCAAUUUUCAACUUCAACACCUCAUUACCCUCCUUUUAUUUUUCUUCAUUUCAUCCACAUUCUCUCAACAAUCUUUCAGACCAAAAGCACUUGUCCUCCCAGUCACAAAAGAUACAUCAACAACAAACCAAUACAUAGCACAAAUCAACCAAAGAACCCCACUCGUCCCACUAAAUCUCGUCGUUGAUCUCGGCGGCCAAUUCCUCUGGCUAGAUUGCGAACAACACUAUACUUCCUCCACAUACCGCCCUGCACGCUGCCGCUCCGCCCAAUGCUCCCUCGCCAAAUCCACCGCCUGCGGUGAUUGCUUCUCAUCCCCCAAACCAGGUUGCAACAACAACACCUGCAGUAUCUUUCCCGAUAACACCGUCACCCAUACUGCCACCAGCGGCGAACUCGCUGAAGACGUUUUAUCAAUUCAAUCCACCAACGGCUUCAAUCCAACACAAAACGUUGCCGUUUCACGUUUCCUAUUUUCGUGCGCGCCGACUUCAUUAUUAGAAGGACUCGCAAGUGGUGCUUCUGGUAUGGCCGGUCUCGGUAGAACCAAAAUCGCUUUUCCAUCUCAAUUAGCUUCUGCUUUUAGCUUCGACAGGAAAUUUGCUAUUUGCUUUUCGUCUUCAGACGGCGUCGUUUUAUUCGGUGACGGUCCUUACGGUUUUCUCCCAAAUGUCGUAUAUGAUUCCGAAUCGUUAACUUACACGCCGCUUUUAAUUAAUCCAGUCAGCACGGCUUCGGCUUUCACUCAAGGUGAGCCGUCAGCCGAAUAUUUCAUCGGCGUGAAAAAAAUAAAAAUAGAUGAUAAAGUGGUUUCGCUUAACACAAGUUUGUUAUCUAUAAACAGUAACGGUAUUGGUGGAACGAAAAUUAGUACCGUGGAUCCUUACACGGUUCUAGAAGCUUCUAUUUAUAAAGCGGUUACAGAUGGUUUUGUUAAAGCGUCGGUUGCUAGAAACCUAACGAGGGUGGAUUCCUUUCAUCCUUUUGAAUUUUGUUAUACUAAUUUGGGUGGGACGCGAUUGGGUGCGGCCGUGCCUACAAUUGAGCUCGUUUUGCAAAAUGAAAAUGUGGUUUGGAGUAUAUUUGGUGCGAAUUCGAUGGUGAAUAUAAAUGAUGAGGUUUCGUGUCUUGGGUUUGUGAAUGGUGGUGAGAAUGUGAGGACUUCGAUUGUGAUUGGAGGGUAUCAGUUGGAUAAUAAUCUUUUGCAAUUUGAUUUGGCUGCAUCUAGAUUGGGAUUUAGCUCUACGCUAUUUGGACGCCAAACUGGAUGUUAUAAUUUCAACUUUACAUCCGCAACUUAAAUUCGCAGUUUUGGCACGCUUGGAAGUUUGAAUAAUUAGUGUUGCCUUCGUUUAUAAUAAAUGGCUUUGAAAUUCAUGUCUUCUUCACAAAUCACAAGGAGUAUAGUUUGAUGUAAACUAGAGUAUGCUAUUCGUACGUGUAUAUAUACUUUUUCCCCUUCUGAUUAUAUGAUUAUGCAACACUGGUUGUAUGUAUCAAAGGUUGAAUAAUUUGUUCAAGACGUAAACAAGUAAUAUUUAUAUUUACUGGUUUAAAUGCGGAUGUAUUUGAUUUAUGUGUAUUAAA